AAACUGAAAUUAGAUCUAAAUUUAGUAACAACAGGACAGGAGCACGUACGUCGCCAUGUCAUUGCAUUGAUGCAUUCAACUGCAUUCAUACUUGAAGCCGUCGAAGCACAUGUACUAUAGGUAGACCUAGGCCUACUCGAUCUUAGGUAGAAGUUCUCAUCCAGAGGUGCAGCAAUGGACAUAAAGCAGAAACUUGCCAAUGACAAAUUCUCCAGGCUGAGUACAUUUCCUUGUACUUUUAACCUCGAUCCUCGUGAGGUCACGCUCAAAAGAAUGAAUAUUCUAAAGAGAAAGCUUCCCAAAGAACUAGAAGAUGAUAACUUAAAUGAAGAGAGAGUUCAGAUAUUGAAUCUUAUUUCGUGGAUUGAAUACCGAUUGAAUGAUGCAUACUAUGCAUUAGAAUGGAAUAAAAAAGCUCUUGAUUCUUUUGAGAAAGAAAUGGAGAAUGUCUCCACCAUUGCAAAUCAGGGGUAUUUAUUGCUGCUGUCAGGUGAUGAAAUUGCUGCUCUGAAAGUGAUUGAGAGGCUCGAAAAGUUGAAGUCACAAAAUAGUUACCAAAUUUUAAAAAGACGAGCCUUAGCUGAUCAAGGUUUUGCGCUCUUUCGAUUGGGUUAUGUUUCUAAUUUAUCCAGGUCCAUAAAGCUGUAUGAAGAAGCCAUUAAGAGUCAUUUGGCUAGUCCUGAGAUUCAUUUAUGGAAAUAUCAACUUGGUGCAGUGAAGAGAAGAGCGUCCAGUGGAGACAUCUUCUCUGAACUUCCUGGAGACUGUUCUCCGCUCGACUACCUUGAAGGAGCUAAAAAACUCUUGCUUGAUGUAGCAGAAAGUUGCUCGGAUUGUACACUUAAAGGGCGUGCUUUCGCAGAGUUGGUCUCCAUGAACCCAACAGACACUGUCUCCUGGAAGAUGGCUAUAGAAUGCAACAAAAAACGUAGAGAUGUGUUUCUACUGACCACAUUAGGUAAAGCAACAUCGUCUACGGACCCAGACAGGGCGAUUUAUGUAUUAGAAGAGUCUUUAAAGAUUCGAAAAACUUCAACUGCAUAUCACCAUUUAGCAAUUUGUUAUGAGAAAAAAGCAAAGGAUAAACUGUUAGAAACCUAUGGUCAGUGCAAUGAACAGUUUCGAAAAUCUCCCAAAGUCGAACAAAAUAAACGGAUUGGCUUGUUCGGGGCACAGCUACUGAGUGAGCAGGAAAUUUAUUUAGACAAAGAUGGAGAAAUGGUUGCCAAGGCAUUAAAGUGUUAUGAGAAAGCACUGAAACUUGUUGAUUGGGAAAAUGUUCCUGCGAAACAUGGCUACGGACUUCUCUUGAAAGCUUGUGGUGCCACAGAUGAAGCUCUGAAACAGUUUAAUCAAAUCACAAUAUCACAUGUUCACUCCGGCUACCAGGGCACGGCCAUUUUGGCAUAUGAGCAAGCGGCCAAGUGUCUUCUCAUUUUGAGUGAGAAAGAAGAAUCCAGUGAGUCCCGUUCAAAGUACAAAGAGGAAGCGAAAAAAAAGCUCUUGCAGGCUGUAAGUAUUUCAGCUGACAUCGCUAAAGGCAUCCCUGAUAUGAAAUCAGUGUCAGAAGAUAUCUGGGCAUUUUUUAGGCAAAUGCAUGAUAGCGACAAAGUGGGAUCCAGUGAUGAAGCAAUCAGUUUAGAGACAGACAGAAAAUUGCUGGGCUUCAUGAGGUUGGUGAAAAGGUACGGGGAGGAAAUGCUUGACGUGGUGAAGAAACUGUUGGAAUACAGUGAGGAGGAACUGGACGAUGAGAAUGUGAUUGUGGCUGGAUUAGAAAGUUAUUUGAAAAUUAAAAGCUUUGAUGAGGCAAUGGUGUUUCUUAGGCUGUGUCAAACUCGCCGUUCAGCUCUUGAGAAUAACUUGUGGAGCAAAGACCCCCUCAAAAAGCUGAGUAUCAGAGUUCUGUUGCUGGUGGCUCAGGACAAACUGUUAGGAAGAUUUGGUGAAGCUAUUGCUAUCUUCAAGUCUUUAUUCACCUCUGUGUACGGGAACAGAAGUCAUCCAGAUGUGCUGAUUGUGUACGAUGAGUCACAUGACGGUAAAAAAGGAAUGUCUUACGCGUCUCAGGCUGCAAGAGAACUUCAGACUGUUAUGUGUGACUUGUUUGACCUGGAAGUAAGCACAAACUUGCAGAGUUGCGGAGAAUAUGGCAAGACUGUUCUGGAACUCAUGAUUCAAGAGAUGAAAAAGUCUAGAGUGGUUGUCCUACUGCUUGGGCAGGAACCCAUGGACAGUGUGUUUGAGUAUCUGCUCAAAAUGGUUCCACAAAUCAACAUAGAGUGUACUAAGGAAGGGCAGAUCCCACCCCAUGUGUUUGUAGCAACGACAGAGAAAGAAGUGAAAGUUCCACUCCUCUUGGAACAUCACCGCCAGCUCUGCAUCUGUGACAUUUUAAUUUUAUCCAAAGAUGUUGAUGCAGGCGUUCAACUUGGUCAGGGUUGUGGGUACAGCCCUGAGUUAACGAAUGAGCUGAUGACCCUUUUCUGCUUCUUGACUGGGAACACUUGGCCACUACCACCAGAAGCAGACAAACCUGCCCAGGAACUUUCUGCCUUAGUCACGUUCAACGAGAGGUUGGAUCCAACAAGGACAACAAGCCAGUCCCGGCAAUCUCGUUGAAAGCGACACCCACUGUAUCAUCAUUGUUGUACAGUAGGAAAAGACCAUUAUGGAGAAAUUUGUUAAUUCUAGAGAGUUGUAUGGUAUCACAGUCGACUUCGCGCUACCUUAGAAUUACAAAGUUCUAUCUGGUUAGUGUCAAGUUUUAAGAAAUUUGAUGUUAAAAAAUGUUGAGUUUCACGUUUCACUUGUUUAGCUUUUUUUGAAAUCAGUUAUUUGAAUAUCUUGAUAAUGACUCCAAAUAAUCGUAUGAUUUUGAUAGAGCAGAUAAAACAUUUGGUGUCUGACCCUAUGAUCAUAGUAACUCAGAAGGGCCCAAAGUGUCAGAACUCUGUAAUUCUGAGGUAGCGUAUGGAUGAGCUGAUGUUGUACGGAUGAGCUGAUGUUGUGCGGAUGAGCUGAUGUUGUACGGAUGAGCUGAUGUUGUACGGAUGAGCUGAUGUACGGAUGAGCUAAUGUUGUACGGAUGAGCUGAUGUUGUACGGAUGAGCUGAUGUUGUACGGAUGAGCUGAUGUACGGAUGAGCUGAUGUUGUACGGAUGAGCUGAUGUACGGAUGCGCUGAUGUUGUACGGAUGAGCUGAUGUUGUACGAAUGAGCUGAUGUUGUACGGAUGCGCUGAUGUUGCACGGAUGAGCUGAUGUACGGAUGAGCUGAUGUUGUAUGGAUGAGCUGAUGUUGUACGGCUGAGCUGAUGUUGCCGAGAGAGUGAGAAAGAUGUUGACUCAAUGGUUAGGGUAAAAAAAAAACUAGGGGA